GCAAAGUCUGUUUUUAGGCCCGGGGGCAGAAGGUAAGGUUUGCGCCGGGCUUAGAAAAAAGGAUCUACUUUCAAAAUGCAGAGCUCCAGAUCCUUCGUGCUCCAGGUGUGUUUGGGUCUGGCGGUUUCCAUCGGCUCCUCCACCUGUAAACCUCUCGGCAACGACAUCCAGAGCGAGGAGCUCUACUCCCAGCUGUCAGAGGAGGACCUUCUGGAGAAGGGAGAUGCCGAAUCCAGGGUGGAGAAGCUCCUGGGGACAAUGAAGGAGGGCUUUCUGAGGAAACUCAACCUGUCGGAUGUUCCUCAGGAGAACAGCAAGAUCUGCCCUCCUCAAUUCAUGAUGGAGCUCUACAACAAGUACGCCUCGGACAGCUCGGCGAACCCUCAGUCGGAUGUCAUUCGGAGCUUCACAGUCCAAGACAUCCCUCUCUCUGUGACAAACGGAACAAAGUCAAAGCACAGGCUGCGGUUCAACAUCAGCAUCCCCAACCACGAGAAGGUCACCACGGCCGAACUGCAGCUCUUCUUCUUCCCAGAAGAAGCCAGAUCAAAGGUCCUCUUCCACACGUCCAAGGCCGCCAUCAAAGUCUACGAGGUAGAUCGUGACGAUCUCGCGUCGGCCGCCCAACUGCUGGUUGGCAAAGAGGUGAGAGGAUCGGAGGGCACGUGGGAAACGUUUGAUGUAACCGCCACUAUUCAGAGAUGGAUCGAGUCGGGCCACGGAGCGACUGUGUUUGACAUCGCAAUGGAUCGGAAGAAUUGCGGCGCCUCCGAAGGCGGAGGCUGUUUGAACGUGAGCGUGUCCGUCGGAGAUAACACUUCGGCGGCUUUAAUCGUCUUCUCGGAUGACCUGGGCAGCAGGAGGAGGGAAACAAAGAAGGAAUUAAAAGAAAUGAUCCUGCACGAAGAAGAAACCAUCUUGCACUCCGGCGCCGACUGGAACCAAGGAGGACGGCUGUCGAACGAGAUCCCGGACGUUCGGCGUUCACGGAGACCGAAAAGAAAGGCAGAGAUGGAAUACUGUCGGCGGACUUCCCUCAAGGUCAACUUCAGGGACAUCGGCUGGGACAGCUGGAUCGUGGCGCCUCCGGAAUACGACGCCUUCGAAUGCCGGGGCCUGUGUUACCACCCGCUGACGGACGAGUCGACGCCUUCGAAACACGCCCUCAUCCAGACGCUGAUGAACAUCAGGAACCCCAAGAAGGCAAACAUGGCAUGCUGCGUCCCCAUCAAACUGGACCCCAUCACGGUCAUGUAUCAGGAGAACGGACGCCUCACGAUUAGAUACCUUUAUGAGGAGAUGAAGGUGGCGGAGUGCGGUUGCAGGUAGUCGGAGAGGAUUGGUCCGCUCUAGAGGAAAGGUACCCCAGAAAAGAGUUCUUGAAGCAUGGAUGCGUCCUACCUAUCUAUUUUCUUGAUAAAGGUUGUAGAUUAAUAAAAGUAUAUUCCUCCCCCAUGCAACUGUAUAUGUUACAGGUAUGAUGUUGGACAUGUUGAUCUGGUGUUACAGCUGAGGUAUUUAGUUAUUGUAGGUAGAUUUUCCAUAAAUCAAAAGAUGUUUUUGACCUGAUGAUGGCGCUAGAUGCAAAGUCAUGGGAUCCACCACCCAGCAGGAAGCCAAAAGGAGACCGAUAUCUUUGCAUUGUGUAUUUAAUACUAGAUAAUAUGUACAUAAAAAAGCUUGCCCGUACACUGGUCUAAUACGUUUCAUACAAAACUAAUAAUUGUAAUUGUAUGCAGUGAAUAAUGUUAAAAAGGGCAAACAAAGUAAACCCCGAAAUAUUUUCGUAAAAAUGUAAUCUAAAAACAAAAGCAUGCAAGUUUUUUUAUGUUAUUAGACCUCUAUGAAACUAUACAAUUAUGAAAUUAAUCAAUUAAUUGACCUGUUAAUCAUGUACUAGUUUUAGUGUAAAUCUGUACAUUACCAUUGGAAAUGUAAUUUGUUUAUAUUAAUAUAUAUACAUAUAUAUUUAGUGGUAUUGUGUAAAUCACUGUUCAGCUUAAACAUGCAUACAUACAUUGCUGAGUGGAGAGAUUGUAUUGUACUGUGUGUCUCAUGAUGUCUCCAUUUGUUUCUGAGGCUUUCCUCCCAUUAAAUGAAUAAAAAGAUCUUGUC